UCCCUUCUCGUUUCGCCGUUCGCCGUUGCUGAAUGGUUCGUGAAGUGGGAAAUUGGAGAAGCUCGCCUAGAUAGUUGGAAUUGAAACGGCAACACACACAGACAGCCAACAUGCGGUCCCAUACAACCCUGCUCCUACUCGUUCUGCUCGCCCUGCAGACCCUGGUGGUUCUUGCGGCCCGCUCGACAAUAUCGGUGAAGAAGAUCGAUGUAGACGCAAGAGGCCCCGACGGCCAGAUCACCGCAUCGGAAAGUCUCACGCAAAGCCAAGCACUAUCAGGGAAGCUCGGCCAAGUGAAAACAGACGGCAAAUUAACAUUGAAGGUCCAGCUCCUGGGCAGCGAUGACGCGCCGGUUGCCGUCCAGCAAGUCGUUCUGGGUGUCCACAGCACCACCACGCAUGAGGAGGCUUCGUUUGUUUGCUCGUCGAAGCGGAAGGGCGCUUAUGUGUGCGAAGUGGACCUGAAAGACACUGCAACACGCACCCUCAUCCACUCCGGCCGCAACACUUUAAAACUCUACGCCGCCUCGCGCGACGUCACCCCGCUCGCCGUCGACCUAGGCGUCGUCGAGUUACAGGUCACCCCCGCCGCCAAGGACGAGGAGUCGGCAUGGGACAUCUAUCGCGCGCUGCCAGAGAUCAAGCACCAGUUCCGGCCCGAGGAGAAGCACGCGAACCCGUUCUUGUCGUCGGUGUUCAGUUUGGCCGUUUUGGCGCCUUGGGUUAUCCUUUUGGGAUUGUACAUUUCCCUCUCCGCCAACAUCUCCAACCUCUUCGCCAACUCCCUCACCUUCACCUUCGGCACCCUCUUCCUCGCCUCCCUCGGCAGCGUCGUCGCGCUGUACUACGUCUACUGGCUGCGUCUGAAUCUGUUCCAGCUGCUCGGGUACGGCAGCGUCCUUGGACUCCUUACUGCGACGCUGGGUAGGCAGGCGUUGGUUGCGAGGGCGGGGCUGAAGACAGUUAGCAGAGUUAAGAAGGAUCAGUAGUGAUUUAGAUUAAGGGGGGAUUUGGGCCCGCGGCGUUUUGUGAGAGCAGGCGGCGUGCAGUGUUUCGCUUGCACUUUCGAGAAUGGGGAGAGGAGUUUCCCCUCUUG